CUGAGCUCGACGUCACUUCCGUCACCUGCCCUUACUCUGAGCACUACUUCCGGUUGACUGAAUUAGGUUCUUGCAUGUGCGCAGUGUAAGAGGCUGCUUGUGUGACUUUGGAAUUUGGGGAAAAAUGGAGGACAAGAAACGUUUAGCCUUUUCUAUCAUCCAAUAUUUACAUGACCAGUUAGACAAUGGAGGGCUUUCCUCAGAUGCACAAGAGAGUUUAGAAGUUGCAAUACAGUGCCUAGAAACUGCAUUUGAAGUUUCAAUUGAAGAUCAUAGCUUGGCAUUGACUAAGAAUCUUCAGGAGUUAUUUGCAGAAGCUACAAUAAAGGAAUCUACUCAAGUUCAUCCUGUUGGGAUUUCUUUUUCUGAUGAAGAUAUUGCAGAAGCAGAAAGACUCAAGACAGAAGGUAAUGAACAAAUGAAAGUAGAAAAUUUUGAAAGUGCUAUUUCCUAUUACACAAGAGCUCUGGAACUGAAUCCUAAAAAUGCUGUAUAUUUCUGCAACAGGGCUGCAGCUUACAGUAAAUUGGGAAAUUAUGCUGGAGCUGUCAGAGACUGCGAAGAGGCUAUAGAAAUCGACCCUAAUUACAGUAAAGCCUAUGGCAGAAUGGGCCUUGCACUUUCCAGUUUAAACAAACAUGCAGAAGCUGUUGGAUUUUACAAAAGAGCGCUUGAACUUGAUCCAGACAAUGACACCUACAAAAUAAACCUUAAGAUUGCUGAACAGAAGAUGAAAGAGAUCCCAAGUCCAACUUCUGCUCCUGGAGGAUUUGAUAUAGCAGGAUUGCUGAAUAAUCCUGGUUUUAUGAACAUGGCAUCAAACCUCAUGAACAAUCCACAGGUACAACAACUAAUGUCCGGAAUGAUCUCUGGUGCUCAGAAUCCAAUGGCUGGUGCAGCAGCAGCAGCAGCGGCUUCUGCAAACCCAUCUCCUAAUGACCUGGCCAGUCUUAUACAAGCAGGUCAACAGUUUGCUCAGCAAAUGCAGCAACAAAAUCCUGAGCUGAUAGAAGAGCUACGCAGUCAAAUUAGAAGCCGGACUCCAAGUGCAAGUAAUGAAGAGCAACAUCAAUAAGCAGUGAUAGCCAGCCAGAGGAGAUUGUAAUGUUUCACUGGAAAUUAAAAGAAAACACUGUGUGACCACAGCAGGACCUGUCUUCCUCUUAGUUUUGUGCAAUCAGUGGCUAUUGACAAUUUUGUUCGGAAAAAAAAAAAUCUUUUCUUACAGUUACCUCAUUUCCACUUCUUUCCAGCCAUUGUCAUUUAAUCACACCAUAGCACAAAGGGCUGAUCUGGUAUGAACAAUUAGUCUUUAAAACAUUUUUUCUUCCUUCUGUUGCAAAAUAAACCUAUAAUAUGUUGGUGUUUCUUCUCUACCCUUGAUCUUCCUUGUCUGCAUAUUAUUGCAAAGGCUGGUGUUUUUUGUUUUUUUUUAUUUGGCACCAUUUAUUAAUCAGUUUAAAGUCUGGAGUGCUACGAAGUGAUAAAUAUAUAAUUGUUCAGAGAUUUCUGCUAGAUAAAUAUUCAUAUUUUUGGUACUAUUUCACAUGCUUAGCAAGGGUCAUGUGGCUGCCAUUGAUAAUUCGUGUGAGUGGCUAGUUGAUUGACCUAUGAUAAACAAAAACAUUAAAUAGGUAUGUGCUUGUCUCUUUUACAGAAGUAAUAAAUAAUAAAUAAAAUGGUCAGAAUCAUGAAUAUUACUGCAGAGAAAAUAUUAGUUGUACUACAGCCUUAUGCAUUAUUUUGUAAACAUUAAACAUAUUUUAGUGCAACUCCUGGCUUACCCUUGCAGCUAUUGUUAGCUCUUUGCUGUGAAACUUCACGUUUCUGCUAAAAUAAGUAAUGCUUCUGCCAAACAAAAUUCGGCACCCUGAUGCUAUAAUAAUGUUAUUUUUUUUAUUUAUUUUUUUAUAAUCUAUUUAGUUUUUAUUCUUUAACAUUCAGACCUAUUUAAGCAUUUCUCUGUCGAAACACUUUUGCAUCCUUUCAGAAGUCCACAUGUUAAAAUAGUUUGACAUGUUUACAAACAUGAUAAAUGUCUAAAGUCUCAUUUUAAUUGUCAUAAUAUUUUAAUUAAAUCCAUGCAGCCAGUGUAAAAGGGAAAAAAGUACCUUAUUUAAUUUUACAGACUUAAAAGAAGUAAUUAGAAUGGUGUCAGUUUUGAUGUUUUUCAGUAUUUUUACAUUUCUAGAAACAAACUAAUUGGUGGAAGGACUGAUUCAUACAUAUUCUCUAAUAAGCAACGUGUUACCUGUAUUAAGUACAGUUAAGAAUGUGAUUUUAUUGUGCAAAAUAUCUUUAAUCAUGGUGAACACAAUGGUACACCUGAAUUAUCUGCUUUAUACCAUCAUAAAAUAGGGUAAUAAAAGCAUGCGUUUUAUUGUAAGAGUUUACUGCA